AUGUUGCUCGUGCCGCUAUACAUUUACCCCACUAAUUCCUCGUGGAUGCCGAUUUACAAUGCCAUUGAACUGCGCCCCACGCUCAACUUCACGGUGAUCGUCAAUCCCAGCAGCGGCCCAGGAGAAAAUCCACUUCCAAGUGACGAUUACUAUACUGCUGUACAAAAGCUCAACUCGUACGCCAACGUCAAGACGGUGGGAUAUGUUAGGACAGGAUACGCCACUAGAAACAUCACCGAGGUAAUCGACGAUGUAUUGACCUAUGCCGGAUGGUCUGCAAACUCUUCAUCCCUUGGAAUGAGUGGCAUUUUCUUCGAUGAAGCUGUUCAUCAGUACGACGCCGAUGCAGUUACAUACAUGGAAACCAUCGAUCAAGUAGCGAAGAACGCCACGGGUCUACUAGGCGACCGGAGGGUUAUUCACAAUCCUGGAACUAUUCCCGACUCGCGGUACAACAAUAGUUAUGUCGACAUCACAGUUGUUUUUGAGGACAACUAUACAGCUUGGCAAAAUAAAAGUGCGGAGGUCGAAGCUCUUUCGGAGCACCGGCAUCUUAACAGCAUCAUGAUUAAUUCGGUUCCUUGGAUGAGUGAUAGCGACUUGAAGAUGUUCGUCAACGACCUAGCGGCAAAGGGCGAGCAUAUUUUUAUCACUGGCAAUCAGAAGAGCUUCUACGAGUCUUUUGCCUCUGACUGGUUCAACUUUGUGGAUGUGACAAAAUCCACGAAUCAAUAG